UGUCUGUUAAUUUUUUUAUCAGCCACAUUUACAAAUACCACACAAAUACAAUAGCGUUUUUUACAAAAUUUUUGUUGGAAUUCUUAUUUUUAUUAAUUAAAAACCACAUGUGCCGAAAAAGGGAUUCGAAAUGCUUUGUGCAUAUGUAAAACAACCAGUGAGAAUUGAAUAGAACAAGUGCAAAUUUUAUCCAAAAAAUUCACCACCCCAUUUGAGGUGGUAACCCCGGCCAUUUAAAUGGUGCUCACUGGUGCCAUGGAGAGACGAAUCAAAUUGAAAACUUUAAAUAGCCAUAUAACGUGCAAAAUAUGUCGUGGCUAUUUAAUAGACGCAACAACUGUCACCGAGUGCCUACACACAUUUUGCAAGAGUUGUUUAGUCAAACAUUUGGAGGAAAAGCACACGUGUCCAACAUGUCAAAUAGUUAUUCAUCAGUCUCAUCCUUUGCAGUAUAUCAGUUUUGACAGAACAAUGCAAGAUAUUGUUUACAAAUUGGUUCCUGAUCUUCAAGAAAAUGAGAUUAAAAGAGAACGAGAAUUCUAUAGAGCACGUGGGCUGCCUUGUCCCAAAGACAUUUUGCCAAAUGCCGGUGAAAUGGAGGAGGAAAAACCAUCUGGCGAUACACACGCGGAAUCUGAUUAUCAUCGAGCGGACGAACAAGUCAAUGUGUGCUUGGAGUGCAUGAAUGCAAGUCUAAAAACUUUAAGACGAAGAUUCAUCAGAUGUUCCGCACAAGCAACCAUUACUCAUCUAAAGAAAUUUAUAGCGAAAAAAGUUUUAAAUGGAAUUGAAAAAUAUCGCGAUAUUGAUAUUUUGUGCAAUGACGAACUAUUAGGAAAGGACCAUACGUUAAAAUUUGUCUAUGUAACGAGAUGGAGGUUCCGGGAUCCACCAUUAAGGUUACAAUAUCGACCGCGCAUAGAUAUUUAGAGGAACUCUUUUUAAUUACGGGCCAAGUGAUGAUGGGGUAAAAAAAGCAAAUUUUUUCCUAUCGCAUUUUAAUCUCGUUUUUAAAUUCCAUUUGUCCGAUAUUUCUUAGUACUUAUAUAAACAAUAUAAAUAUAUGUGUUAUUCGCAUAUAUAAUUAACAUUUGCGAUGAAUAUUCAAGCAAACAUUUAUAAUGAUCGUUCAGAUUUAAGAAGAGAACGUGAUGAUCAAUUUUUUUUCUUCGGGUACCAAAGGUGAACUAAUAUACAAAUAAUUUUUUUUCAAGUAUAUUUUAUACGAUCAAAGUGUCCUCCAAUUUUUAUAAUUUUAUCUGAUGAAUUUUAUAAUUUAAUUUUGGUACCCGUGUGAUUUUUUUUCAGCAACUUUUGCUUUUUUUGUUUUUUGAAAAAAGAAUAAUACCAUUUUAGUGAGAAAUUUUUAUCAAAAAAAAAGGGAAAUUUUUUUGAAUUUUUAAUUUCUCAACAUUGUCAUGUAGACGAAAAUUUGCAAAAAGCAAGCUCCAAAGAGCCGUUAGCUAAUUUUUUGUUUAAAAUUUGUGAAUAACGUUUAUCCAAUUUAUUUGAUGGGAUUAAUUUUGUAAAAAUUAUUUUUUUUUUACUUUAUUUUUUUUUUAUAACAAGAAUAUUGAAUUUUAAAGACAGGAUAAUACCAAUCUUAAUAAUAGUGACAAUUUUUUUUAACUCGAUUGAAAAGAAAAUCUCUAGAUAAAUUAGCAUUAGUUCACAAUCAUAAUAUAUUUAUACUCGAUUGAUUUAUUACUCACGUCUCAAUCUGAUUUUUUUUAAGACUGAGAUUGUCAAGUUAAAAAUCUUGACAGUUUAUCCUCAAAUAUUGAACGAUUUUGUCAUUUUUGAUAAUUGAAUUUCAAAGGAGGACAAUUAUUAUA